AACGGGCUGAUGUCGGGCCUGAUGCAGAUCCUCCUGCUCAAAGUGUCCGCUCACAUCACCGAGCAGCUGGGCAUGGCUCCAGGUGGAGAGUUCAGGGAGGCCUUCAAAGAGGCUGGACAAGUGCCCUUCUGUAAAUUUCACCUCGGGGACAGGCCCAUCCCUGUGACGUUCAAGAGGGCCAUCGCUGCUCUCAGCCUGUGGCAGAAAGCCCGUCUGGCGUGGGGCCUCUGCUUCCUGUCGGACCCAAUCAGCAAAGAGGAUGUGGAGAAGUGCAAACAGAAGGACCUGCUGGAACAGACCAUGUCGGAGAUGAUCGGAGAGUUUCCUGCUCUCCAUCAGACCAUCGUGGCUGAAAGAGACAUCUACCUCACACAUACGCUCCGCCAGGCUACACGCUGCGUGGAGGCCCCUCCUAACGCCCAGAAAGUGCCUGCUGUGGUGGUGGGAGUUGUGGGGAUGGGUCACGUCCCCGGAAUAGAAAGAAACUGGGAGAAGCAGCUGAACAUCAGUGAAAUCAUGAGCGUCGCACCUCCCUCGCGGUUCGGCUGGGUGCUGCGCACGGUCAUCAAGGGUGUGGUGGUGGGGAUGCUGGGAUACGCCUGCUACAGAGCUGGAGGGAGUUUGGGUCGUGUCCUGCUGUCUUCACCUGCUGUCCAGUCUUUUCUGGACACUCUGCGGCCCCCGCCUGCUUGACCCCCCCGCUGGCUCUCACGAUGCCUCUGAUUGGGACCCUAAGUCUGAAAAAGAAUAAAGUUCACCAAUGGCCUUAAAAAAAAAAAACACAGGAAGUGAGGCUGGAGGAAAUGUUUCACCAGCUCACACGUUGAGCUGAGAAGGACCUCAGGGGGGGCUGAAGCCUCCCACCUCGUCUCGAUGUCCUGUAGACGCUGCAGGGCCGUACUGCCAAAGAUAACCUCGACAGUACUCCUUGAUUCUUUUCUAUUUUCUACAAAUCCUGCAAUUUGUAAAGUUUCCGAAUGCCAAUGGUUCCCUUUGAAUUGAUUAACAUUCCCCCCGCCAUUCCUUUAAAUGACUCUCCCACACAGACACACAGACACACACACACACAGUUACAUAACAUUUAUCCAUGGAAGUCAUCUCUCCUGACGUGACUGAACAGCAUCUCCUGAUUCCUCCCGCCUCUCUGGCGCCGACCAGCAGUUUUGGUAAACGGCCCAUUUCAAGUCCAGCACUUUAUAAGAGACUGUUGGGAGUCCAGUCAGUAAAGCAUCAAGUCGUUCACAGAUUAUCACAAAAGAAAGAUCAGAAAAGUGUUUGUAGUUGGAGCAUGGAGUGUAGCAUUAUCUUUGACACGUCUGGAAUAAUCUACAUGAAGAGAAUAUUCUUCAUGACACACACACACAGGAAGAACAAAAUAAAAGAAUGACGGAAGACGAUAUUUACUUUGAUUAAAAAAACAAACAGUCCUGGCCACAUUAACAGACAAGUGCCUCAUAUAGCAGCUGAAAAAAAGGUGUUACACUCAUCUUUACACACCUGUCCCUAAUGCUCGAUGUACGUGUGAAAUAAUGUGUCUUCAUGUAGGUAUAUGACAGGCCUGCUUGUAAACAGACUGUUACUCUAAAUAGAAAGCAUCUAGUUUGUGUGGGUGUCAAAUGAAACGGCACCACAGCCCCGUGGUUUUCCGCUCGCUCAGAUGUCCAUGAGACACAGAGGCCGGGCUCAGGUGUGCCUCAGGAUGCAGUCAUCUUGUCAUUCAUCAUUUUUUUUAAUUGUACCUCCGAUCUGAGGCCGUUUCUCAUGCUGGCUCCGUCUCUUGAGUUGGUUGAUACUUGACACAAAAAUAUGCAUCUUUUCAAGUCCUCCUCGUGACAAAAGGUCAUUCAGCACACCAGCUGUUUGUACUUUUUAUGAUAUAUGCAUCAUCAGUCGCCCCUCUGCUUAUGAAAAGGACAUGUAGAUAGUAAACAUGAAACGGUUUUUGUUGCUCUUAAAUGAAGGAGUCAGUGGAGACGUGUUCUGACUACUGCAGAGGAGACGGACGCUUCGGUUUUGGGAAGUUAAGCCUUACACUGCUAUCACUGCUGCCUUUGACCCUCAGACCUGUUUCCAUUGUACAGAGCUUCUUAUUGCACAUGUUCAAAUUGGCUCGCUGGCAAACCAUCAGGAAGUGUUCCAAUUAAAACGACAGUCUGAUCAAGUAUUUACACGGCUGUUAACCUACAGCGACUUCCAGGUAUUUUUCCAUCUUAAUUUGAAGUGUUUUUUAUGUCAGCAAUACGAAAGACGUUUAAUUACCCUCUUUGAUUUGUGGAAUUAACUAUAAAAUAAGUAAACAAAGCCGUUAUUGAUUAAACCGCUCAUGUGCUCAUGAAUUAAACUCAGCCUGUCUUCCAAUUGGUUAAAUAAUGACUGUAUCUUUAAAGGUGAGAGAUGAGGAUUAAGAGGGGAACAGUAAAAUAAGUUUAGAGAGUUCUUUCUCUCCACAUCAUCAUCAUCAUCGUCUCCUAAGGUUUCAUCUGCUGUUUGAGAGAAACUGUAAGAACGCCUGCUUUACUAGACGUCAGAUUUGAUCCUUUUCAUUGUUAACAAACCAAACAUUGAUGCCCGACUUCUGUAAUGAAUUACUGAAACAUUUUAAGUAAAGAAUCUUUAUUUGCCUGAAA